GUCCCGUCGCCCCCUCCACCGAUUCCUCCGCCGCUGAUAAUCUUCCCGCCACCAUUAGAUAUUUCCCCACCGCCGCAGUUACCAUUCCCGUGGCUAACACCGCCACCAUUUGUCUCAAUAAGCCCAUCUCCGCCGCUGGUUGUUUUUCCACCGCCGUUACCGGUUACUCUUCCCCCCGAUCUAUCCACACCGGCACCCCCACUUGUCCCCAUACUUACUCCGCCGCAGGAGGAUCCCAUCUCAACACUUCCUCUGCCUCAACUGCCAUUCACAUUUACUCCGCCGAUAAUCUCAAAUCCGCCGGACAUUCCCCAGAAUCCAGAGCUGCCGCCGGAAAUACCCCAGAAUCCAGAACAGCCGCCGGACAUGCCACAGAAUCCGGAACUGCCGCCGGACAUGCCACAGAAUCCGGAACUGCCGCCGGACAUGCCACAGAAUCCGGAACUGCCGCCGGACAUACCCCAGAAUCCAGAACAGCCGCCGGAAAUACCCCAGAAUCCAGAACAGCCGCCGGACAUGCCACAGAAUCCAGAACAGCCUCCAGCGAUAAUAAUGCCGCCUCCGUUGGUUCCAGACACUCCGGUUGAGACCCUGCCGUUGAUAUCGACGCCGUCGGGAACAAACUCCGCUGAACUAACGGUGCCUGACUCCCCUCCCUCAAAUAAAUAAUGAUUUUUACUUUUUUUUUAAGAAAAUGAAUUUUACUGUAAUUU